UCAGUUCUGCGCUCCACUGCUUCGGGUCGCCACUUCUCGGUGCUUCUCAUUGGAUUUUACUCGUUUUUCUCGGAGUUGGUAUCCACGCGGAGCAGACAUGUCCUCCCGCGAGACUUUUAAAGACUUGGGCAGCGGUGGUUUAUCAUCCGAGGAGGACUGCAGCGCGCGCUCGGACGUGACGGACACAGGGGCAGCGGAGGAGGAGAAAGCCACCUCUACUCCGACCUCUACUCCAACGUCUACUCCGACCUCUCCAUCCGCGCGUCGGCAUCACCCCUUCAGCGUGGAAGCCAUCAUGUCCGGGAGAGUGGUGUCCAGGCGCAGCGCGGAGCCGGUGUGCCGCAAAGACGCGCCCAGGACUCCGCUUAACGCGCUGUAUCUGUGCCGAGAGAGCGACGCGAGCCUGAAAAGUUUGAGUGCGUCUUCUCCAACUUCACCAGUCAAGUCUGAAGCGUCCGAGCCGGAGGAGUGCGCGCCGUGGGUCACCAACGGAGCGUACCAGACACAGCCACGCCACAUGAACCCAGGUUGCCAGCUCCGAAAGCACAAAACCAACCGUAAACCCCGCACGCCCUUCACCACGUCCCAGCUGCUAGCGUUGGAGCGAAAAUUCCGGCAGAAACAAUACCUGUCAAUCGCCGAGCGCGCAGAGUUCUCCUCCUCCCUCACCCUCACCGAGACACAGGUGAAAAUCUGGUUCCAAAACCGCAGAGCCAAAGCCAAACGACUCCAGGAGGCCGAACUGGAGAAACUCAAGAUGGCCGCCGACGCCAAAACCGCGGCCGUGGCUGCUGCUAACGCCGGAGCGCUACACCCGGGCUUCACCUUACCUCUCUCGCUGGGGGCCAUGUCUUUGUACGGACAGUCGUAUUCGGCGUAUCACCACCAGCACAGACCUCUGCUUCCCCUGUCGCCUCUAGGACUCUACGCGUCUCCGCUCAGCUACGGCAUGUACCACUUGUCCUAACACAAAGCGGCGUUGACUUCUUUUUUGUAACUUUGGAACUUUUUGGAGGAUAUUUUAAAGGAAAAAGACGCGAUUAAUGUGGCUUCCUGGGUUUGCCGCAGCCAAUCCUCCGCCUCCUUUUGAGCAUUGAUGUUACAGAUUUAAGUCGGAUGCCUUACCUGAUGCUGUCCGCUCGGUCUAUCCAGGCUUGGGGCGGACGCAGAUGGACACUUCUAACUCUGAUUUAGAUUUUCUACCAGAUGCCCUGCCUGUACUUUUCCUUCCGGAGCUGCCAAAAUGUACCUGCAGGGCUCAAACGCGUCGACGUUUGAAGUUGGCGUGACUUCCCGGUAUCGUUUAUGCCCCGAUCACGUACGUUAACGCGGCAAAGAGAGACUUGUGAGCAUUUUGCGGUUGGACCUUUCCCAUGUUAAUUUCAAUCUACUGCAGAGUCAGGGGGGGUGGUUAACUUCUUUCAAGCGCACUUCAAAUCAAGAAGACGAGACGACGAAUCAAGAUUUUUAAACAAGGAUAUAUUUGCGUCCUUCCUGGCCGACUGCGUGUUUACAUUGUGAGCGAAGAGGGGCGUGCACCGCGAAGCUUUUUAUAGUCCCCACUUGUUUACUUUUGCAAUAAUUGAAAUGACUGAGGACUUGCACCGCACAAAGUAAUAUUCACUUAAGUCUUUUCCUCCCGAGAUUGCCUUAAAAAUAGAAACUUUCCGUGUUCUUUCUUGAUGGAAUGAGUGUUUCAGCAACUCAGGCUCAAUGAAACGUAAUCCUGAUGCACUCGGUUUGACUCCCAAGAAAGCGCAGAUGCCUUAACGAUUUUCUGUUUUGCUCUUUGCUCAAACAAUUAAAGCAUUUUCAUUCCUUGUUUUUUUUUUUACUUUUAGGCUUUAUAGAUCAAGCCUAGAUAUAUUUAUUGUAUAUGAAAAACUAUGCUGGAAAUGUAUGAAUGUGUCACAAAGUGUAUUUAUGAUCUUAAGAGAAA